AUGUCUGACAACGCACAGCUUGUCAGUGCUGGGGCUUGCCUUGUUAUAGUGGGAAUCAUCACUUGGGCUCACCGUCGUAAACCAGAGAGCGACCUUCCUCUCCCCCCUUCCCCUCCUACUUGGAGACUUGGGGGCCACUUUUUGCCGCGUCGCCAUUCAUCCCUCACGAUAGCAGGAUGGAUUGCUGAGUACGGUCCUCUAAUCACCAUUCGGUCAAAACUUGAGAAGAUCGUUAUCGUCGGCCGUUACAAAGCUGCCGUGGAUAUCAUGGAGAAUCAGGGUAGAAUCACAGCUGACCGUCCUCGCAUGAUUGCAGCUGGAGAAAUGUUUGGCGGCGGGAUGGGCAUCGGAUUUGCACACUGGGGGGACAGGUUUCGUCGUAUGCGUAGAGCACUUCACACACAUCUCCAGCCUAGAGCGGCUGCAGCAUAUCAGCCCCUGCAGAUGUCACAUGCGAAGGAUACAGUCCUCGGCAUUCUCGAUGAUCCACAUGGCGACUUCCAGAAGCAUGUGAUAACUUAUGCUGCGACGACAAUUAUGAAGAUUGCCUAUGGGAAGACUUCGUCUACAUCUGCGACUGAUUCUUCGGUCGUUGAAAUCCGACAAUUCGUCAAGACGAUUAGCGCGGUCGUGCGUCCUGGUGCUUAUCUAGUGGACUCGAUUCCAUGGCUCAAAUACCUUCCUUGGUAUGGGCGAGACUUAAGACAGGGGUUUGAGAGGACCAAGAAACUCAACCUUGGUCAGCUAAACCGCGUGAGGGAGCAAAUGCAGAGCGACGUGGACAUCGGCCCUUCGUUCAUGAGAUAUAUCCUGGAAAAUCGCCAUCUCUAUAGUUUGUCAGACACAGAAAUGGCCUUUCUCGGCGGUUCCUUUUUUGCAGCUGGAUCUGAGACGACCUCUACGGCGAUCUGCACAGUACUCAUGGCGGCUGCAUGUUUCCCUGAGGAGCAAGCUCAAGUUCAGGCUGAGCUCGAUGCAGUCAUCGGAAGGCACCGAGCGCCGACCUUCGCCGACCAGCAAUCCCUUCCUUGCCUGCAAGCAUUCAUCUCUGAGUCUUUGAGAUGGAGACCACCAUUGCCUACUGGUGCGCUGGCUCACCGAACAACUCAAGACAUAAUCUGGGAAAACUAUUGUAUCCCAGCCGGGACCACGAUAUUCGCUAAUCAUUGGGCCAUCUCUCGAGAUCCAGAUACCUACCCAGAGCCUGACACAUUCAAGUCCCAGCGCUGGAUUGACGAGCAAGGUCGCCUGCGAGAUGAUUUUACAUUCUUUCCCUACGGCUUUGGUCGGCGUGUAUGCCCUGGUCAACAUGUCGCGCAAAGAUCGGUGUUCAUCAACUCGCUCCUUAUUUUUUGGGCUUUCCAGCUUACAUUGGAUCUUACGAAGCCAUUGGAUGACAUGGGGAUGAUGAUCGGGGAGAAAUCAGACAAUCCCUGUGCUAUCAAGUUUAAGACAAGGAUUCCGGCAACGGAACUCAGGCUCAUGAUGCGCAAUUAUCCUGAUGGGAAUGCGUGAAUGUCACGUUUAAAACCAGUGUUGAUUGUCCCUGGGAGCCUUCCCCUAUGAUAGAAAUCACCAGCUAGAAUA